CGAACGCCCUACGUUCCUGGGUGCUUGGAGACAGCCAAUCAGGUGCGCUCGUUCUCACAGCAGCGCAGCUCCAGCAAAACAACAGCCGUCUCGAUUUUGUUUCCUGUUAGCAUCCAUAGCAGCAUUAGCUGAUCAACCCGAACUCGGACAAUGUUACAGUGACGAACGCGCAUACAUCUGGUCGAGUGUAUGGUGGUGUUGACGUCAGUGUCCGUUUGAAGAAAGAGGCACGCUAACAUCGGCGGUCAGCAGCGGAAGAUGGGCUCCAUCCUGAGUCGGAGAAUCGCGGGUGUUGAGGAUAUCGAUAUCCAGGCCAACUCGGCCUAUCGAUUUCCUCCGAAAUCGGGGAAUUAUUUUGCGAGCCACUUCUUUAUGGGAGGAGAGAAAUUUGACACGCCACAUCCAGAGGGAUACCUUUUUGGAGAAAACACAGACCUGAACUUUCUUGGGAACAGGCCAGUGCAGUUUCCAUAUGUGACGCCUGCUCCCCACGAGCCUGUGAAAACCCUGAGGAGUCUGGUCAACAUCAGAAAGGACUCUCUGCGUUUGAUCAGGUAUAAAGAUGACUCUGACACCUCGGGGGAGGAGGGCGACAAACCAAAGGUGAAGUAUGGCGUGGAGUUCACCUUUGACGCUGACGCUCGGGUGGCCGUCACCCUCUACUGCCAAGCGUUCGAGGAGUUCUCCAAUGGGAUGGCAGUAUACAGCCCAAAGAACCCAUCCCUGGUCUCUGAAACUGUGCAUUACAAGCGAGGGGUGAACCAACAGUUCUCCAUGCCGUCUUUCAAAAUAGAUUUCACCGAGUGGAAGGAGGAAGACCUGAACUUUGACCUCGACCGGGGGGUGUUCCCCAUUGUGAUCCAGGCUGUGGUUGAUGAAGGGGACGAUUGCCUCGGACAUGCUCACGUACUUCUGGCAGCCUUUGAAAGACACGUCGAUGGCAGUUUCUCCAUCAAGCCUCUCAAGCAGAAGCAAAUUGUGGACCGCGUGAGCUACCUCUUACAGGAGAUCUACGGGAUUGAGAACAAAAACAACCAAGAAACCAAGACGUCGGAUGAUGAAAACAGUGACAACAGCAACGAGUGUGUGGUCUGUCUGUCUGACCUGCGAGACACACUCAUCCUGCCCUGCAGACAUCUGUGCCUCUGCAACUCCUGCGCAGACACCCUGCGUUACCAGGCCAACAACUGUCCCAUCUGCAGGCUGCCCUUCAGAGCCUUGCUGCAGAUCAGAGCUGUGAGGAAAAAGCCCGGUGCUCUGUCCCCGGUGUCCUUCAGCCCCGUCCUGGCUCAGACGAUGGACCAUGACGAGCACUCGAGCACGGACUCGGUUCCUCCGGGCUUCGAACCCAUCUCCCUGCUGGAGGCUCUGAACGGUCUGCAGUCGGUGUCUCCUGCCACCCCAGCUGCCCCCCUCUAUGAUGACAUCAACUUCUCAGGGGGUCCGGGCGGCGACGGCAGGCACCUGAGCUCCCCGGAGCAUUUAAGUGAUGGGAGUUUGCAGAAAGGCAAAGUCAGCAAAUCACCUGACAGCACCCUGAGAUCUCCAUCCUCUCCCAUCCAGGAGGAAGACGAAGAGAAGAUGUCGGAGGUGUCCGACGCUCAGCCGCACGCGCUGCUGUCCGGCAGCCCCGCCCCCACCGACGCCACGGCCGCCGAGGAUGUGGCCGAAUCUCCGUCUCUCGAUGACGAGGACGGGAUGCAUUCCGGAGGGGACGUCCUACAGGACUGCAGCAGCGAGCACAGCAGCUUGACCAAAACGGAGAGCGACCCGCCGGGCGACUUAUCGCUGCCGGGGUCAUCCGAGUCAACGGAAAGCCUGAAGAGUCAGAGCACCAACUGCUCCAGCCAGCCUCUCCUGUGUCCCACGAGCAGCCUUCAUAUGGAAGACGAGCACCUCAACCCCUGACUCUGAUCCAUCCUUUUCGCUCCCCGGUCAUCCGAACAGAUUCACGCGUUACAAAGAUCCUCCAGUUCCUCUCACACCCCAGCAGCCUCCUGCUUCCCCGAUGAGACCCGAGGACAAGGCAGCCCUGAGAGGAAGUCCACCGGGACUAAAUGUCUCCCGACAUUAGAAAAAGAAAAUUUGACUCCGGCGAAGAUGUUCACGGUACCUUUUUUUUUAAUUCAAUGACUUAUGUAGAAGUUCCCCGGCUUUUCCGAAAAAAAACCAUUUCAUUAACUGUCAGACGGUGUUCAGUUGUGUGUCUCGACCAGCCGUUGCGGUCUCGUCGUGUGGGUCCCAGAGAUAGUUCACUACCUGUCAUGGUGGUUUUAAGCACACUUACUUUAAAUUUACUGUAUAAAUUGCUUAACGCUAAAUUCCGACGAAUUUAUCAAACGCAGUUUUGUGUUUUAGAUAUUGUUAUUCAUCCGUGAAGUACGUUAAUGACGAGAACUUAUUUUUACAGCGAGGCUGAUUUUAGGCGAGCAGAAAUUAGAAUUUCCUACGUGUGUCCGUUUGUGUUCAUCUGAAGUGAUUUUGCGCCGCGACAAAAUCGUUUCUAAUCAUUCCGUAAAACAAAGAGUUCAUCACGAGGCGAGUUUCCACGUCGUCUGCCGUCUUAAACGUGCACACGUCACGGUUACUAUUGCAACGAUGUGAUAUCUAUGUUUCAUAACUGUACUAGAAUCCUGUGUAUUUACCCACACAUUGUAUUCUUGCAUAUUACAUAAAAGAAGAAGUAAAACAACUAGAUUAAGUUAACAUGCACAGUAUAUAUGACUUGGAUAAUCAAUAACAGCAACAGAUUCACAUCCUAACAGCUGAACUCAAAGAGGGCAGAAGCCUGCGUCGACGCUCCAGCUCCACGUCGUAGAUGUUGCGGAUCUCUCCGCAGUCUUUUUGUGGCGAUGCCGAUGUCCGCUUAUGUGAUGUAGCCGCAAUGAAACGGGCGUCUGGUGUUUGUGUAGCUGCGACAUUUACACAACGCGCCCUUUUCUACGUGCAGCGCCACGCGUAGAGAUCGAUGUGCCUUGAAUGGAUAUAGCUGCUUGUUGCGUUGGACUUUAGUGUUUUUAUAAAUGCUACAAUAUACAACAGUUUUCAUCCCGUAGACAGGACUUUAGAAAUGAACAGAGCCUUUUCUUUUUCUUCUUUUUAAUAUAUCGCAAACUUCAUGCUACUGGACACGUGUAUCUUGUUAUAGUUGUUGCAAUAUACAAUUAAAUUGUUCAUUUACUUUGUUACAUUUAUUGAUUAUGCAUUUAAUCUUUAGUGCUUAGGUUGAAGCGGAUGUUUGAUUGGAAGGAGCCAAAGCAAUAAGUGCAAACAUGGCAUUUUAAUAUUUGGGCUAGCAUUUUGCAUGUGAAUUUGUAGUGGAUUAAACCUCGCUGCUUUUAGGUGACAUGGUUAUGUUCUUCUUCUUCUUCUUCGCCAUUUCAACUCGAUACUGUGCCUUCCUGUUCUGACCGCUAUUGACCUGGUAUCCAGGAUAACGCCACAGCAGGUGGUCCGUGGCUCUCCUUCAAAUCAAUACUGUUUUUCCUUGUGUGUAUAGCAGCAUGUGUAUGACAAUAAAGAACAAAUAUUCAUUACUUUAA